AAUUCAUAAAAUGAGUUCCAGUCGUGGUGCCAGUAGAAAAUCUCCUGCUGGUUCUACUAGACUCAAACCAAAUGCCAACUUCUUGAAUUCUCCUAGUGAAAGUGAUGGGGUAGGUAAGGAGGGGACUGUACCAGAAUCCUUAUUGAAAGAAGCUCGAAAAACCGGUUCACUGAACCUGUCAAACAGGGGCAUUAGUGUUAUUCCUCCUAAACUGUGGAGACUCAAUAUUGAUCCUCCUGAUGGUAGUACUGCUUCAUUUGAUGUUGAUGAGAGAUGGUGGGACCAGGUGGAACUGACUAGACUGGAUCUAUCAUCUAACGAAAUCAAAGAAAUAUCUGAAGAUAUUGAAAACUUUAAUUCAUUGUCAGCGCUUGAGGUCCAGUACAAUGAGUUAACAUGUCUACCUAAUAAUGUGAUCAAACUGGAUAAACUAUCUAAAAUAUUUGCAAGUUAUAAUAAACUACAGUGUUUACCAGUAGACAUUGGUCAGUUGACUAACUUACAGUCUCUCAAUAUAUCACACAAUUCACUAACUGUUCUACCACAGUCAAUCACUAGUCUCUCGUACCUAGAGGAACUGGAUAUAAGUGGUAAUUCCUUGGAGGCAUUACCUGAUGGUCUUGAGAGGUUGACAGUUUUAAGAACUUUUAAUUUAUCGGAGAAUAGAUUGAACGAGAUACCACCUAACCUCGGAGAAAUGAGGAAUUUGACUAAAUUAUCGCUAUCUGAAAACAAGUUAAAAGCAUUACCACCUUUGGUUGGGUUGGAGAGGAUUACUGAGAUUGAUUUAAGUCAAAACCAAUUGAAUGAAUUCCCAAUCAUUAGACCAGGAAACACAUUAAAGUCUCUAUUAUUAUCAUUUAAUAAGAUUCAGACAUUACAAGAUGAUAGACUCACUCACUUGUCUUCUCUCACUAUAUUAACUCUGAGAGAGAACAAACUAACAAUGCUACCGGACUCGAUUGUCCAGUUAAACAAGUUAGAGAGACUGGAUUUAACUAAUAAUGAUUUAUCAACGUGAGAGAAGGAGAAAGAGAAAGCUUGA